AUGUCAGAAGACAAAGAUUUGCUGGCAAAAAUCAGCCAGCUUGCCGGCCAUAUAAAUCGUCACAAGGCUCAGCAGGAUUCUUCCUCUCAUCUCAGUCACAGAUCGCAUCCCUAUAGUCGACCUGCGAGUACUGAUUACAGGACGAGCACCACAUCGCGACCGUAUCGCGGGACUUCGUACGGACGGCCGCAUGGGAGAGGAGGGUAUUCUCAUACUCACAGGAACCGGACUCUUGUGUUGAAUAACAAUGGGCAUGAGUCAGGCACUUCAAGCCCGGUGACUCCUGGUCCAAAUGAGACUGGGACGCCGGGUGGCUGGAUUGCUAAGAGAGAUCGCCACAUGCAGCUCAUCAAUACUUCCAUCUAUGAUAAAGAAACGCAGGCGAGAGCGAAAGCGAUCGAGGAGACCCGAAAAUUGAAAGCAAAGCAGCGGGAUGAGAGAGAGAAAUUCAAACUCACGAGGCAUCUCCAGAAGCUUGCUACUCAAAAUGUCCAGUCCUCUCCUUCGGUCAGCGUUCCUAGCUCGGCUUCAGUCCAUGAGAUUACGAUAAACGAUAUUCAUUUCCGUGUUGCGGACGGAGGCAGCAAGCUCACUCGAGUUUCAGACGAUCCGAAUUCAGCGCGUGCGACUCCCAAGUCGACCAAAAUCGGUGGCGUUAUGUUUUUUCGAAGCAAAAAUGGCAAUCUUUACCGUUCAGGCAUCGUUAAAGCUAAGCGAAAACAUGGAACAGUAAAGAAGCGCUCCGAACUCUGCAAGCGCUUUGCGACAACGGGCUCAUGCUUGAAAGGACCGCUAUGUCCAUUCGUUCACGAUCCAAAUAAGGUUGCUAUUUGCAAAGAGUUUCUCCAGACAGGCAAUUGUCUCGCUGGGGAGGCUUGUGACCUUUCUCAUGAACCUACCCCCAAGCGGGUUCCCACUUGCUUGCAUUUUCUUCGAGGGAAGUGCUCCAAUCCCAAUUGCCGCUAUGCCCAUGUUCGUGUCAAUCCUGGAGCGCCUGUGUGUCGCGCAUUUGCUACUUUAGGAUAUUGCGAUAAGGGCAUUAAUUGCCCUGAACGUCACGUGCAUGAGUGCCCAGAUUAUGCAAAUACUGGUAGCUGCCGCAACAAGAAGUGCCGUCUUCCUCAUAUCGACCGAGCAGGACAGAUUCGAAAAGCCACUGCCAAGUCAGCGGAAGCUGCUGAUGGCAAGCAUUCGUCUUCAGAUGAAGAAAGCGAUCUGUCUAGCGAAGAAGAAGACUACGACGAAAUAGACAGCGAUGAUGUCGAUUCCGACACAUUUGAAGAGGAGGACUUGACCCAAUAUGCAACUGGCCAACCUGAUAACGCAGACGUCUCCCGGCAGAAAGACUUUAUCCAUUUCUAA